AUGGUCCAGUCUGCGAUUCUCGGCUUCCCCCGCAUGGGAGUUAACCGUGACCUGAAAAAGGCCACCGAGGCCUACUGGGGUGGAAAGAUCUCUCAGGCUGACCUCCUUGCCGAGGCAAAGCGCCUGCGACUUGCCCACUGGAAGAUCCAGAAAGAUGCUGGCGUCGACGUCAUCCCCAGCAACGACUUCGCUCUGUAUGACCAGGUCCUCUGCCACAUUCAGGACUUUGGUGCUGUUCCCCAGCGAUACACCAAGGAUGGCCUUGACAGCGUUGACCAAUACUUUGCCAUGGGUCGUGGCCACCAGAAGGGUGGCAUUGACGUGCCCAGCCUUGAAAUGGUCAAGUGGUUCGAUUCCAACUACCACUACGUGAAGCCUACUCUCCAGAACAACCAGACCUUUAAGUUGGUCGACAGCCCCAAGGCUGUUGUUGAAUUCAACGAGGCCAAGGAGGCUGGUAUCAAGACUCGCCCCGUCCUUGUUGGUCCUGUUUCUUUCCUCCACCUUGGCAAAGCCGACCGUGGCCAGACUGUUGACCCCAUUGACCUUCUCAACAAGCUCCUGCCUGUUUACGAGCAGCUCCUUGUCAAGCUCAAGGAGGCUGGUGCUGAGACCGUGCAGAUUGACGAGCCUACCCUCGUCUUCGACCUUCCUGCCAAGACAAAGGCUGCUUUCAAGCCUACCUAUGAGAAGCUGGCCAGUCUGGGUGACAAGAUCCCCAAGCUUGUCUUUACGACCUACUUCGGCGACAUUGUGCACAACCUGGACCUGCUCCCCAAGGACAUCUAUGCCGUCCACAUCGAUCUUGUCCGAAACCCUGAGCAACUGGAGACUGUUGCUGCUGCCCUAGGCCCCAAGACCAUUCUCUCUGCCGGUGUUGUUGACGGCCGUAACAUCUGGAAGACCAACUUCAAGCGUGCCAUUGAGACCGUGGAGUCCGCUAUCCAGAAGCUUGGCAAGGAGCGCGUGAUUGUCGCCACCUCCAGCUCCCUCCUUCAUACCCCCCACACCCUGGCCAGCGAGAAGAAGCUGGAUCCUGAGGUUGCUGACUGGUUCUCUUUCGCCUCUGAGAAAGCUGUUGAGAUUGCCAUCAUUGCCAAGGCCGUCACCGAGGGCCCUGCUGCCGUCCGUGAACAGCUUGAGGCCAACGCCAAGUCUAUGCAGGCUCGUGCCACCUCCUCUCGCACCAACGACCCCAAGGUCAAAGACCGCCAAUCCAAGGUCACUGCCAAGGACCACGAGCGUCUGUCCCAAUUCCCCGCCCGUAUUGCUGCUCAGCAGAAGAAGCUCAACCUACCCCUCUUCCCCACCACUACCAUCGGCUCCUUCCCUCAGACCUCUGAGAUUCGUGUCCAGCGAAACAAGUUCACCAAGGGUGAGAUCACUGAGGAGCAGUAUGACAAGUUCAUUGAGGAGGAAAUUAAGCAGAACGUCAAGAUCCAGGAGGAGCUUGGCCUCGAUGUCUUCGUCCACGGCGAGCCGGAGCGUAAUGACAUGGUUCAGUACUUUGGUGAGCGCUUGAACGGUUAUGCGUUCACCACCCAUGCCUGGGUUCAGAGCUACGGUUCCCGCUGCGUCCGACCUCCUAUUAUCGUCGGUGAUAUCUCCAGACCUGCCCCCAUGACCGUCAAAGAGUCCAAGUACGCUGUUUCCGUCUCUAGCAAGCCAAUGAAGGGCAUGCUGACUGGUCCCGUCACUUGCUUGCGAUGGUCUUUCCCUCGUGAUGACAUUCACCAGUCCGUCCAGGCUCAGCAGCUUGCUCUUGCCCUCCGCGACGAGGUCGUUGACCUCGAGAAGGCUGGUGUCGACGUCAUUCAGGUCGAUGAACCUGCUCUCCGCGAAGGUCUCCCUCUUCGCUCUGGCAAGGAGCGUGACGCCUACCUUGAGUGGGCCGUCAACGCCUUCAAGCUGUCGACCGCUGGUGUUGAGGAUGCCACCCAGAUCCACUCCCAUUUCUGCUACUCCGAGUUCCAGGACUUCUUCCACGCCAUUGCUGCUCUCGAUGCCGAUGUCCUGUCCAUUGAGAACAGCAAAUCUGAUGCCAAGCUCCUCCGCGUCUUCGUUGACUCUGCAUACCCCCGACACAUUGGACCUGGUGUCUAUGACAUCCACUCUCCCCGUGUCCCUAGCGAGCAGGAGAUUCGUGACCGCAUCGAGGAAAUGCUUCAGUUCUUGAAGCCUGAACAGCUCUGGAUCGACCCUGACUGCGGUCUUAAGACUCGUCAGUGGAAGGAGACCAAGGAGGCCCUGGUCAACAUGGUCAAUGCUGCCAAGUUCUUCCGUACCAAGUAUGCCAAAUAA